UCCCCGCCUAACAUUGCAAGGGACACAAUUCACUCCAAGUCUUCCUUUCUAAGCCACUGCCCAGCUUUCCCAGUGCCCGCAACUCCCCAUCCUUAGCGGAGAGAGGAGCCCUCUCCACCUUCAAUUCUCCCUCUUCCUUGCUUCCCGCCUCCUCUCGCUACCUCCACCUCCACCUCCGCCACCCACCGCCCGCAGAGCCGCCUCCUCCUCCUCCUCCUCUCCUCCUCCUCCUCCCCUCUCUCUCUUUUUGGCAGCCGCUGGACGUCCGGUGUUGAUGGUGGCAGCAGAGGCAGCCUAAGCAGCAGCAGCCCUCGGCGCGCGCCAACUCCGCCAGCACUCGUCGCCCCUGCCUUCUCCAGCCCUCUUCAUCCCGACUCCCGAAAGGUGCUGGGCGGAUCCAGGGCGGCGGAGGGCGAGCGGCUGCAGCGGCGGUAGCGGCGGAGGCAGCGGUAGCGGCGGCGGGAGGCAGGAUGAGCGCACGCGGUGAAGGCGCCGGGCAGCCGUCCACAUCAGCCCAGGGACAACCUGCCGCCCCGGCGCCACAGAAGCGAGGACGCGGCCGACCCAGGAAGCAGCAGCAAGAGCCAACCUGUGAGCCCUCUCCCAAGAGACCCCGGGGAAGACCCAAAGGCAGCAAGAACAAGAGUCCUUCUAAAGCAGCUCAGAAGAAAGCAGAGGCCAUUGGAGAAAAACGGCCAAGAGGCAGGCCUAGGAAAUGGCCACAACAAGUUGUUCAGAAGAAGCCUGCUCAGGAGGAGACUGAAGAGACAUCCUCGCAAGAGUCUGCCGAGGAGGACUAGGGGGCGCCAACGUUCAAUUUCUACCUCAGCAUCAGUUGGAUCUUUCGAAGGGAGAAGACACUGCAGUGACCACUUAUUCUCUAACUGCCACGGUCUUUCCACUUUCUGCGGGGUGGG